AUGCCAAAGAUCGCCUUGAGACCCUAUCAAGAGGAAAGCAUAUCUGCAGUUCUCAGCUAUCUCAAGAAAGGCGAGAAGAGGUUGGGAAUAUCUUUGGCCACCGGAAGUGGUAAGACGGUCAUCUUCAGCCAUCUCAUCGAUCGCGUGCAGCCGCCGACACAGCAUGCGACGCGCACUUUGAUUCUUGCGCACCGCAGGGAGCUCGUCGAACAAGCAGCUCGCCAUUGCCAGAACCUUUAUGCCGACAAAACCGUGGAGAUCGAAAUGGGUAACCAACAUGCUACCGGAUGUGCCGACAUUACGGUCGCUUCCGUGCAAAGCAUUGUGUCCGGCGACCGCAUCCUGCGAUAUGAUCCAAAGACUUUCAAGUUGGUCAUGGUCGAUGAAGCCCAUCACAUCGUAGCACCGCGUUAUUUGGAUGUCCUGAAGCAUUUCAAACUCCUCGGCGAAGACCCGCGUGGUGAUACCGCCCUGGUUGGGGUUUCUGCAACCUUCUCCCGGUUCGAUGGUCUCAAGCUCGGCACUGCCAUCGAUCACAUAGUGUAUCACAAGGACUACGUGGACAUGAUUGACGAUGGCUGGCUUUCCAAAGCAAUCUUCACGACCGUCCAAUCCAAUGUAAAUUUGUCUGGAGUGAAGACUUCAAAUGGCGACUUCCAGACUGCCGCCCUUGCGAAGGCUGUGAAUACUCCUGAAACGAAUCUCCUCACCAUCAGGACGUGGCUGGAGCGGGCGUCCCAUCGUAAGUCGACUCUAGUCUUCUGUGUCGACCUUGAUCAUGUGGCAAGCAUUAAUGCGGAGUUCCGCCAACACGGCGUCAACGCUCGCUUCGUGACGAGUGAUACGCCGGCAAAGGUUCGCGCGGAAAGGCUCGAGUCAUUCAAAAAGGGUGAAUAUCCUGUGCUUGUCAAUUGCGGCAUCUUCACCGAAGGAACAGACAUCCCGAACGUUGAUUGUGUCCUUUUGGCACGACCAACGCAGUCACGCAACUUACUUGUGCAGAUGAUUGGGCGGGGCCUACGUUUAUCUUCCGGCAAGGAGAAUUGCCACGUCAUUGAUAUGGUCGCUUCCUUGGCCACCGGCGUGGUCACCACGCCGACCUUGUUCGGCCUCGAUCCACAAGAGAUCAUUGACAAUGCAGACUUCAAACAAAUCAAAGAUAUCCGCGAGAGACGAGAACUGGAGCAAGAGCGCGAAGCACAUGCGUUUGCUACGACCAAAGCAUCUGACAACAGUCGUCGACAGCUCACAGGAGAGGUUGUCUUUACCGACUAUGAUAGCGUCACGGACCUCAUCGAAGACACUUCCGGCGAACGACAUAUUCGCGCUCUAUCGGCAUUCGCAUGGGUGCAGAUUGAUGAGAGCAAGUACAUGCUCUCAAGCCGUAAUGGGGACUACCUAACGUUGAAGGGAGAUGGCGACGAGUACAAGGUCAUUUUCACGCGGAAACUUCCCCACGAAAUGGCGGCCAAGGCACCUUUUGCACGGCCACAGCAAGUUGCGACAGCGCAGACAUUUGAAAAUGGUGUCCGCGCAGCCGACAAAUUCGCCUCGGAGAUGUUCCCGUUCGAGUUUAUCAACAAGAAUGCGCCGUGGCGGCGUGGACCCGCAUCUCCCGGACAGCUUCAAUUUUUGAACAAAUUUCGGGACGAUGAUGAUCAGCUGGCUCCUGCUGCGAUCAAUAAAGGCAAGGCUGGCGAUUGGAUCACUAAGCUGAAGCAUGGUGCGCGAGGACGCUUCACUCGUAUCGAAGGACAGAAAAGGAAGACUCAGCGUCUUGUGGAUAAGAAAGAUCAAUGGAAGGAGCGUCAGCGGCAAUCGCAAGUCACGGUGGGACCCGUGGUUGGAUGA